GCUACGGUCGUGUAAGAACCGCAUAUACCAGAACUAAAUUUCUACAGCCAACAUAACAGACAGUCUUAACUUUUACUGUCGUAUCGUCAGUACCAUUAUUAAUUAACCGGUUAAUUUAAAAAUAUUUAUUCAAAAACUCUGUUACCACACGAGUUUUUAAUUUUAAAUUUGAAUUUAAAACUUUGCUCCAAAGGGUGGGAGUUGAUUAUUUUUAAAAUUAUUUAUGUGAAAUGUGUAAAGACAAGUGUAUUGUAACUGUGUUUAGAGAAUUAUAUAUAUAUGUUUUUUCAUAUAUCGAGAGUCAGGGAAAUAAGUAUGUAGAAAAAGAAAGAUAAAUAUAGUUAUAUAUUAGUUAGGGGACAGAGUACGAUUGCGCGCGCGCAUCUAUUAUAUUGAGGAGAUAACAAACAUAACGUGCGGAGAACAGACGCCAGUGAGCGGGAGUUACGAACAGUACACUCGUGUGUUUAUACCAUUUAUUAAAUGAUGAUUAGUAGUACCUGAUACUAGUGAAUUUAUAUAUUUUAGAUUAAUUAUAAUUAUCAUUAGUUAAUUAAUUAUUUAAUAUACAACUUUAAGUGUGUGUUAUUUCCAACUAGUGAGACGAUAGAUCUUCAUAUAUACCUAUAUACAUAUUACAUAUAUUUAUUUAAUAAAUAGAAUAACACAAAGGCUGUGAAAUUUUAAAAAUCAUGGCUUAUAGUUUGAUUAAUGAUAAUUAAUGUAACAUAUUGUGAAAAUUUAUGUUGAUAAAAAAUAUUUAUUUGUGAUUUGAGGUAUAUUAAGAAUCGUUAAAAGUGAUAGUAAACGAAGUUAUCGUGCAGUUACGUAUACAUAUAUAUUUAUCAACGACCAUUUUCAACGGGAUUAAUCUGUGAUUCAAGUGUGUUCUAUUAAUCAAUAAUAAUAAUAUUUAUAAACAAGUGAUUUUUAGUUUUACUAUAAAUUAUUUUUAGUAUCUACCGUAUAGUGAAUUAUUUUAAUUUAUUCAAAAGUGCCCGAAAUAAUAUUAUUGGAUUAUAAUGAUAAUGAUAAAAUUAAUAAUCAUCGAUGCGGAUCGUAAAAAAAAGUAAAAUAAUAUUUAUUGUGAAGAUAAAUAAAAUUUUGAAAAGCAGUGAUUUAAUUCGCGGUGCUGGAUCGCCGCUAUUGUGACAUGUGACAUAUUAUUAUAAUUGAAAUAAGUUAAUUAAUUAAUUAAUUAAUUUGUAAAAGAAAGAUUAAUAGUGAUACUAUACAUACGUAUAUGUACCCGCGCGUGAAAUUCAUUUUGGAGUACGAGGACAAGCACGGUCACCACGGCGUUCAACAUGUUCGAAAUGUGGAGCGCGGUGAGUUCCAAAUUGGAACACUCCGCGACUUCCUCAGGUUCGCCGCUACCCCUUACAUCACAUACACUUCAAACACCUCAUACAUCUUCAGGCAGCAUAAAAGCCCAGAUCGAGAUAAUCCCCUGCAAAGUUUGCGGCGACAAAAGCAGUGGUGUACACUACGGUGUAAUCACCUGCGAGGGUUGCAAAGGUUUCUUCAGGAGGUCACAGUCAUCAGUCGUAAACUACCAGUGCCCAAGAAACAAAAAUUGUGUGGUAGAUCGUGUCAACAGAAACCGGUGUCAAUAUUGCCGGCUACAAAAGUGCCUACGACUUGGCAUGUCCAGAGAUGCCGUUAAAUUUGGACGUAUGUCAAAGAAGCAAAGGGAAAAGGUUGAGGAUGAGGUGAGGUUUCAUAGAGCGCAAAUGAGAGCAGCUUCAGAGACAGCACCAGAUAGCAGCGUCUUUGAACAUCAAACUCCAAGCAGUUCAGAUCAACAUCACUCUUAUAACGGCGGCUACACGUAUGGGGGCAGUGAGUACGCAUCUCCAGGUCCAGGUACAGGAGGCUCGGGAUAUUACAAUCACCAGGCAAUAACUAAUUACGAGCUAAGUGCUGAUUACGUCGACAGCACAACAGCUUAUGAUCCAAGACCAACCCAACAAGUCGAUCCAGUGGCUCCUGACACACCUUCUGUUACGGCUAGUGGAGUUAUGGCCAGUGUCGUCACCACAGGAAAAUCCUUGUCUGCAUCGACAACCGGAAGUGGCAACACCAGUGGAAAUAGUAGUGGUGGAGGAGGUGGUACCGGUGGUGGUGGCGGCAGUGGAGGUGGUGGUGGAGGAAGUGGUAGUGGUAAUAGUAGUAGUAAUAACGGUAACGGGAGUAACGGUAAUGGGGGAGGUGGUUCCGGAAGUGGGUCUUUAAGUGGCGGUGGAAUAGUUGCCGUGAAGCAAGAAACGACGAUUGAGCUUGCUAACCUUGGUCAUGGCUCUUACACGAUGGUCGACUCAACGACGUUCCUCAGCAAUCAACAACAGAGAGUCAACAAUCCAACGGAUGAUGACGAAGUUCAUAAUCUGCCCAGUAUGUCUCAUGCAAGAUAUCCGGCAGAAAUAAAUGAGUUGUUAUCAAAAACGAUAGCUGACGCUCAUUCGAGAACGUGUUUAGUGUCGACAGAUCAAAUUCAAGAGUUGUUUCACAAGCCUCAUGAUCUUUCCAAGCUGAUUUACUAUAAAAAUAUGGCACACGAACAACUAUGGCUUGAGUGUGCACAAAAAUUGACUACAGUUAUUCAGCAAAUCAUUGAGUUUGCGAAAAUGAUACCGGGUUUCAUGAAGCUUUCACAGGAUGAUCAAAUUGUCCUUCUCAAAGCUGGUUCAUUUGAAUUGGCUGUGCUACGUAUGAGCAGGUACCUAGAUCUUACACAAAAUUGUGUAUUGUACGGUGAUACAAUGCUACCGCAGGAUGCCUUUUAUACAACUGAUACAGCUGAGAUGAAACUUGUAUCCUGCGUAUUUGAACUUGCGAGAAGUGUAGCUGAGCUUAAACUUACAGAAACAGAGCUUGCACUUUAUAGUGCAGUAGUUCUUCUUAGUCCUGAUCGACCAGGUUUGAAAGGUCAAACUGAGAUCACAAAGCUAUCGCAAGCAGUGAUCUUAGCUUUAAGGUCUCAGCUAGAUCGAAAUCAUGUAUCGCCCAUCAAAGGUGAUGUAACGGUAUGCGACGCGAUGCUUGCUAAGAUACCCCAACUAAGGGAAAUCUCACUUCUUCACAUGGAUGCCCUCGCUAAGUUCAAGCGGUCACAGCCACAUCUUGAAUUUCCGGCCCUCCAUAAAGAAUUAUUCAGUGUCGAUAGCUGAACGGCUGAUGUAGAACAGAGCGACCCAACGUUGACAGACGAUAUGGAAAGCGAAUGAUAUGGGAUCUUGCUCUGUUUAAAUUAUUUCCUUCGUAUUGAACAUAUUGGGCCUUACGUAAACAUAACAUUGUUAUAUAUAAAGUAUACAUUAAAAGCAACAUAAAGUAUAUAUGAAAAAUAUAGAAGUAUAUUAUAAAAUUUAAGAGAUAUAUAUUAUAAAUAUAAAUAAAUAAAUAUAUAUACAUAUACAUGUAAACGUAUUAAAUAAAUUAUUGAUAUACGUAUACAUGUAUAUAUAUUAGAUGAGCUAUCAGUUGUUGUUAUGGUACAUACACAAAGUAUAUUACUGACUAAUAAUUAAAUAACUUACAAGGACUGUCCUGAGACAAAUAUUUAAAAAAAUAAAUAAUUAAUGAGUAAAUAAAUGCUCGCUAAUGCGAGAGGGAGUUCGAUUGUUAGAUAUUUUACAUUAUUUAAUAAUUUUUAAUUAAUCGUUAUAAAAUAUGUAAUUAAUUGAGUAAUGUGUUCUCUUUAUUAUAACUAUUAUUACUAUUACUACUAUUAUAAUUAUUAUUAUUAUUAUUAUUAUUAUUAUUAUUAUUAUUAUUAUUAUUAUUAUUAUUAUUAUUAUUAUUAUUAUUAUUAAUGUUAAUAUUAAUAUUAUUAAGAUCUCUCAUAAAAAAAAAAUCUUUUAAAAAGUUAAAAUUAUAUUGGUGCGAAAACGUUUAACGUUUAAAUAAUUUUUUUUAUUUUGUCUCAGGAGCGUUCUGAUAUGACACCAGGACACGUAGUUAAACUUAAUUGACGUAAAUUUUAACGGAUUAAUCUUUUGGUUAAUGCACUUUUUAUCGACGUGCUUAUUUUUUUUUUUUUUUUUUUUAAAUACGUAAAUAUUACUUCCCUACAUUUAUUGUGUAGAAAAUUUUUUAUUGUUGUAUUUUAAAUCGUUAAAAAUAAUGACAAACGUAAAUACGAUUAUAAAUAGUUUAUAUAAUAAAAUUUUUGUUGUAAAAAUUUUAACAAAAAAAUUAUAAAUUAUAAAUUAUAAAUAAUUAUUAUUCAUUUAUUUAUUUAUUUUAUUAUUUUGUUAUCGUUUAUUUUGAGUAAUUAGGAAAUUAUUCAAUACGUAAUUUUGAAUGCAAAAGACUUUAUUGUUUUUUUUUUUUUUAGAUAUUUUUAAAAAUUAAAAUUGUGAAGAAUAAUAAUAAUUAAAAAAAAAAUAAUAAAAAUAAGGCGAAUAGUUAUUUAAAUAUUUAUAACUGUAGGGCAAGACUGGAAGUAAUAUUUACACGUACGUACAAAUAAAAAAAAAAUGCUAAAAAUAAAAAAAUAAAUAAUAAGUAAAAUAAUUAAUUAAUUAAUUAAAGGUAAUAAAAAAAAAAUGGUGAAGGAUAGAGAUAUGUAGAUAGUGAUUUAUGUGAGAGCUGCUGCAAAUUAAAAAAAAAAUUAUAAAUAAAUAAAUUACGGCGACUAAUGUACUGCGGUGCGCCUGCUGAUACGUUAAUGGUUGAUUAUAAUUAAUUAUUAUAUUAUAAAAAAAAAUAAUGAGAUAAAUUCAUAUUAUUAUUAUUAUAUUUAAUAACGAAUAAAGAAUAUUUAGAAAUCAUUUAAUUGUAGAAAAAUAAAAUACACAAGCUCCCACUCGCAGAAACACGAAAAAAAUAAUUAAUUAAUAAUUAAUAAUUAAUAUUAAAUAAAACACAUGAAUCUACGUAAGUGCCGUAAAAUUAAAUAAUUAAUUAUAAUAAAAAUAAUAACAAUAAUUAUUAGUAAUGAUAAUUAAAUAAUUAUUAAUUUUUUUGAUUAUGUAGAAAAAUCUAACAAAUCUUAGGCUAAUAAAUAAUAAAUAGUUAUACACAUGAAAAAUGAUAAAAAUUCACACACGUUGCAAUUAGGAGUUAUUAUCGCAAUUUGGAGUUAAAUUUUAUAAUAAUAUAUUAUUAAUAAAAGUUGACGGAUACUAUAAUGUUAUAUUUAAUUAAUUACAUACAUAAAUAAGUAGGGCGACUGUGGUCGUUGACUGAGAAUCAUUGUUAAAAAAAAAAAAAAAACUAAAAAAAAUAUUCGUAUUCUGAUAAUACUAAUACCUGUAAUAAUAAUAUUGUUAUAUUU